CUUGAAUGCCCUCCUUUCGAUGGCGAAGCUGUCUAUCACGCAAACAAGGCCUGUCUUGAGGCAUUUACCAAUAGCUUGCGUAUGGAAACGGCUGGAUCGAACAUCCGUGUCUCAGUCCUCAGACCGGGCUGUGUGGUCAGCCAUUUCCAUCUUCAGCGCGUCAAGUAUGAUCAGAACGCAAUGGAUGAAUUUUUCUACGGCUAUGAACCCCUGGUACCGGAAGAUCUUGCAGAAGCAGUAUGGUAUAUGGUCAGCUGCCCUGAGAGGACCACAAUUAAGGCGCUAGAUUGCGUGCCUACCGCGCAGAGAGCGCUUACUCGGUUUGAUCGGGAGUGGAAUGCACGAAAAGACGGAGAAAACAAGGCUUAGAAUAUAACAAUGGUUGAGGUGGUUGAGAAGUAUCCAAAGGGGAAUACCCGGAAUAAAAUCUUUCUAAUUCAAUUGGAUGACUUAGAAUUGUUGUAUGAAAGAUACUUACCAUUUUGUCGACAACAACAUUUCUGGACCAUACUUUCAGUUGUAUGAUAUUGUUCGACGAGAAUGACCGUAUGGUAGUAGAUGCUCAUAUCAAUC